UCUACACUCCCGCUUAAUGCCCGGUCAUUGAGUUGUGUACAUCCUAUCGCUCAUUUCUACUAUUUCUCGAGGACCACGUACAUCUCUACCUGCAGCCUAGCCACCGGUGGCGCCCCGAUACGACUCUUCACGACCCACACGACUUUCACGACCAUGAAACGUUCCUACGACCACACCUUUGCUAACGACCGGGACCACACAUUCGCUCCUACCGCACACUCCUUCAAGUUACGUCACCCAUACGCUGGUGCGCCGCAGGCGGCUUGCCCGACGAAUCCGACCUACGGCUCUGGCUCUGGCUACCUCGACUUCCGGAGGCCUCUAAUCAACACUUCCUCUGGCUCGAACGAUGACUUCCAGUCCAAUGCUGCAACGCCCAAGGCCGUUGCCCCCCCUCGUGCCGAUUCCUACUUCACGAUCAGACCUGACCCUGGCACUACUGGUCUCGGGAUUCACUGCGACAGCAUUGCCAACCAUUCUGCGCGCACCGUCAAGCAAGAAGAGAUUCCUCUCGAUAGCCUGAGCGAACUGUGCUCUCCUGUCCCCGGCGGCUUGCUGGAACUGCUCACGAAGCCUCAUGUCGAACCUACCCGCGGCAACGAAGCUUGUCUCAGCCACACCGAGGCACCAAACGCUACGAUCUAUGACGACCCUUUGGACGACGUGAUCACGUUCGAGGAUUCUCUGGCGUACUUUCCUAGGUCCGACACGCCGGUUCUGCAUUCGCUGCCGUCUCUGCUGUACCCUAGCAGCUCUGGGUUCAAUGCGGGGGACUUCUACUCCAACGGCCCUCUCUUCUACCCCAGCGGCUCCGAGAGCAGCGUCGAGAGCACCCUGGUCAAUACGUCGCUUUUCUACCCAAGCAGCACUGAAGCUAGCGUUAACAAUAGCCCGAUCAAGAAAGCUCCUUUCUACGCCAGCAGUUCUUUUGACAGCGUACAAGAUGCCCAUUCCGCUAGCUCUGGUUAUGCCAAGGACUCGCUCCGCACUCUGCUGAACUUUGACUCGCCGCUUCUGGGACUGGGCUACGAUGCUGGCUCCGACAAGAAGGAAGAGCCCGUCGUCGGCCUCUACGCGGACAUCAACCUUCGCAGGGUGCUCACUAGACACGAUGCCCCGAGACAAUUGCCAACUGUCGACUCUGAAGAUAUAACGGGGUUCACUGAAGAAGCAGUCCAGGCUAUCGUCGGUGUCAUCACUGCCGCGAAACAGGAUGAAGACAUGAUCGUCUCGCCAGGCCUUCCCCCGCCUACGGAUGCUCCUGCAUUCGUCUUCGAUCUCCCACGAAUUCCCGUUUGCCCCUCCAGCGACGGCGCCGCCUGCUUAUGCCAUAUCUUACAAGCCAGUGGCGCUCAAGAGAGCGUCCCGGUUGCUCAGCUGAGUUUUACCGCAAGCCUCGACUACGCCCCGUAUGCCUUCUUCCCUUCCAGUUUCACCGCCCUUCAGCCGUCCCAGCGCACACCGCUCCUCGACCGCCAACCGCCCGCGCCCGCGCAGCAAGCCCCACCUUACGCCUCCCCUAUGUUCUUCAACACCGCCGACGCACCGCACCCGCAGACCCCCGUCUGCAACGCGCACAUGGGCGUCGAGCUGGAAGAGCUCCGGCGCCGCGCGGAGAACUACCGGCGGUGCAACCCCGGCACGGACAUCGACAAGUUGUGGCUCCAGUCGUUCGCGGGGCGGCUGUCGGAGGACGGCGUGCUCAUGGACGAGUGGCGGUGCUACGUCAAGGGCUGCGCGCAGCACAACAAGCGGAGGGACCACAUCCUCGUGCACGUCGGCUCGCACGUCGAGCAUCGGCCGUUCAGCUGUGGGCGGUGGUACGUGCUCCUCCGAACUUUCUGUGCGUGCGUGAGGCUGACGCUGCGGCGCUGUGACAGCGGGAUGCGCUUCCUCCGCAAGAACGAGUGCAAGCGGCAUGAGGCGAGCCACGACGGGGCGAAGCCGUUCGAGUGCAUGAUCUGCGCGCCGGUGCAGCACAGGAGCUUUGCGCGCCAGGACUUGCUCAGGCGGCACAUGCGGGUGACGCACGGCGUGACGGGCGAGUCGGCGGUCGACCGGCGAAAGAGGAUGAGGACCGACGUGGACGACGGCGAGUACCGGCCGUGAUUGUGUGAGGAGUAGAGUAGGGAGAGGAGCUUUCCGAAUGUUGAAUGUUGACUGUAGCCGCCUGUACCAGUACUGUAUGUGUAUCACAGCCUAUUAGAUGUAUCAGUCAAAACAGUGAU